CAUCUACUCAACUGUGGACAUUUUCUUUAUGCACGACUAAAGGCGACUUGCAACGAGCUAAGUGAAGAUGUUGCCGUGUCGUCAGCACUUGCUGCCACUGGCAAUAGCUCUGAUGUUGAGUCAACUGCUCCUUUUACCCAGCGGGACAUUGGCCAAAUCGAAGAAGAAUAAAUCGAAUCAGAAUUCACAUUAUAGUGACUCAGGUGGCAGCGCGCUGAGUGGCAACAGCAACGGAGGUGGCAGCAACGAGGAGAACAAGAUCAAGAGUCAUGGAGAUGGUGGGCAGCACUUUGCCAUGGAGCCACAGGAUCAGACCGCAGUGGUUGGAUCUCGAGUGACUUUACCCUGUCGUGUCAUGCAAAAGAUUGGCGCCUUGCAAUGGACCAAGGAUGACUUUGGACUUGGCCAACACCGUAAUCUGAGCGGUUUCGAACGCUAUUCGAUGGUCGGCAGUGAUGAGGAGGGUGACUUCUCCCUGGACAUUUAUCCGCUGAUGCUGGACGAUGAUGCCAAAUAUCAAUGCCAAGUUGGGCCAGGACCCCAAGGGGAACAGGGCAUCAGGUCAAGGUUUGCCAACUUAACGGUACUCGUGCCACCGGAGGCGCCAAAGAUUCUACAAGGCGACUAUCUGGUCACCACCGAGGAUCGCGAAAUUGAACUCGAAUGCGUUUCGGUGGGCGGCAAACCCGCGGCCGAAAUCACCUGGAUCGAUGGCCUUGGUAAUGUGCUAACCGCCGAAAGCUUCUUCGAACCUUUGGCAGAUUCCCGACGCGUCACCACCAAAUCCGUCCUGAAGUUGGCACCCAAAAAGAAAUAUCACAACACGACAAUCACGUGUCAGGCUCAAAACACCGCCGAUCGCACAUAUCGAUCAGCCAAGGUUCUACUUGAGGUCAAGUAUGCGCCCAAGGUAUCCGUUUCAGUGGUGGGUGGCGCCCUUGCCGGAGGACGCAUUCCUGAGGGAUCUGAGGUCAUACUCAGCUGUCACGCGGACGCGAAUCCACAUGAGGUCACCUAUCGCUGGUUCAUCAACGAUGAGCUUAUGACGGGAGACUUUACGACCAAAAUGAUCAUUCAUAAUGUAACCCGUCAGUAUCACGAUGCGAUUGUCAAGUGCGAGGUCGUCAAUGCCGUUGGCAAAAGUGAGGAGAGUGAAACCCUCGACAUCAGCUUUGGACCCGUUUUCCGACAACGUCCUGUCAGCAAGGAGGCGGAUCUGGGCGCCACAGUCACCAUGCGCUGCGAAGUAGCCGGCAAUCCGACACCGGAAAUCGAGUGGAUCAACGAGAACUCGGAUCAGAUCGUAGGGCGGACACCGGAGCUGAAGCUAAAGGUGAGCAGCGAGACGGCAGGAAGGUAUUUCUGCAAGGCGGUGGUCAAUGGGUUUCCGGAGAUCGGAGCCGAGGCGACAGUUUAUGUGAAACGUGCUCCGAUCAUCACAUCGCACAAGGUGCAAUUUGGCGCCGUUGGCAGCAGGGCCAAGAUCGAUUGUCUGGCAUUUAGUAUACCGAAGGCGGAGCAUAUUCUUUGGUCCUUUGAGGGUAAACUGAUCAAUAUGAGCAGCGCCGAUCCGGACAUUUACAUAUUCGAGGAGCAUCACUUGCCCGAGGGAGUGCGUGCUGCGUUGAUCAUCAAGGAGAGUCGAUCCACACAUUAUGGCAAAUACAACUGUACGGUGAUCAAUUCAUAUGGCGGAGAUUCGCUGGUGAUUACGCUAGUGCCGGAACCGGGCAGCAUACCCGUACUCCUGGUCGUCAUGGGCUCCAUGUCGACGGUGGCCAUUGUCCUAAUGAUCGUGAUGAUCGUCUAUGUGUACAGGCGACGUCGCAGUCGCAAGAAGCCAAUGCCGGCGGACGUCAUACCGGAGGCAUCACGUGGCGGCGACAAACUCAACGAGCUGAAGAGCGAACUGCGCUCCAAGGCCUACGAUGUGGAAUACUCGGAGGCGGGCAACGAUGGUCUGGCCAUCAAUCUCACACAGACUCCCAUGCCGGAUGUGCAGAUGAAGGGCGCUACGUUGGGCGUACCGCUUGCCGGGCCCGUUAAGUUCGAUGAGCGCUUCUCGGGCGAUUAUGGUGAUCGUUACAAUCGUCAGUGCCACAUCAAGAAUCUCAAGAAUCAACCGGAGCUGGCUUACAAGGAGAGCACGAGCAACGGUUACGCCCCCUACUUUGAAUACGCCCUCGACUACAGUCCGCCCGCCGACAGUGGCAAGCCGAAGGUCAAUGCCAAUGUCAAUGCCAAUGUCAAUGCCAACACUGGUGGCAUCAACUCGGCCACCUUGCCACACUAUGCGGCAAAUGCUGCUGCUGCCGCUGCUGCUGCUGGAGUUGCUGCCACCUCGUCAGGUGGCGUGCCACUUGGCAGUGGGGCAAGUUUGCCGCGCAAUCAGCGCCAUGAGCUGCAUCAACAACAGCCACAAACGUCCCAGGCUAACGGAUUUCUGGGUCAACCGCUGCUGCAGAACGGGAUCGACAGUCGAUUUAGCGCCAUCUAUGGCAAUCCCUAUCUACGCACAAGUUCAUCCAUUUUGCCACCGCUUCCGCCACCGAGUACCGCCAAUCCAGCGGCCACGCCCGCCCCACCGCCCUACCAUGCCACCCGGCACCAUGCCAACAGCAAUGGCGGCCUGAAGCAUUUCGGUGCCGGUGGCUAUGUGGGUGGGGCAAGUGGCAGCAUCAGUGUGGCAGGAGCAGGAGCAGGAGCAGCGAGCAGUGUCAGCGGUAUCAGCGGUGUCAGCGGACCCGGAAGCGUUAGUGGCAGCAGCUCCAAUUUAACCGCUAGCAGCAAUACGCUAGCGGCCACGCCUCUCACACAGCCCGCGCUGUGCGGUCCGUUGGGCGGCGUGGUGGGCGUGGGCGUGGCCGGAGCGCAGCAGAGUGCACAAAGUCCCUCCGGGCAGUUUAUAUUGCCCACAAAUGGCAAGGGCGUUACACAAAAGGGUCCGCUGGCCACGCAUGUCUAAGCUGGAACUGCAACCGGAACUGGAGCCGGAGCCGGAGCCGGAAUCAGAACAGGAACAGGAACUGCAACUGCAACUAAUGCUAAUUAGCGAAUGUAGCGCGUACAUAUUUAUUCAAUUUGUAUUUGUAUUCGUAUUUGUCUAGACUUUAGAAAACUAAGCGCAGUUCUAAUGUG